AUGGCCCAGCAAUCAGCCGAAGAUGAACACAACCUCACCCUUCGCGAUGCCAUCCGUCGCUACCCUCAGGCCGUCUUGUGGUCGGUCUUACUGUCUGCCUCCAUCAUCAUGGAGGGCUACGACAUUGUCCUCAUCAGUUCGUUCUUCGCGUCGCCUGCCUUUCGUCGCCAUUAUGGCGAGUACGUUCCUCGAACAGGCACAUACGAAAUCACAGCCUCUUGGCAGAACGGACUCAGCAAUGCCGUGAGUGUCGGUACUAUCAUUGGUGCAUUUGCCAACGGCUACUUUACCCACAAAUUCGGAUAUCGCAAGGUCCUCCUGGCAUCUUUGGUGUUCAUUUGUGGCUUCAUCGCGAUUUCUUUCUUCUCGCCCAACCUACCCGUCCUCCUUGUUGGGCAGUUUCUCUGUGGCAUCCCGUGGGGCGUCUUCGCGACCAUGGCACCGGCGUACGCCUCCGAAGUCUGCCCCAUGGCGCUUCGCGGUUACUUGACCGUCUAUGUCAACCUCUGCUGGGCUCUCGGCCAGCUCAUCUCUGCUGGCGUGCAAGCCGGAUUUUCUGGCAGCACCUCCCAGUGGGCAUACCGCAUUCCAUUCGCAAUUCAAUGGGCGUGGCCUCUACCCUUGUUCACUAUCUUAUGGUUUGCGCCAGAGUCCCCUUGGUACUUUGUUCGCGUGGGCAAGUACGACGAAGCUGAGAAGUCUGUCAUGCGACUGGGCUCAGCCAUGCAGCGCAGUCACGCCAAAGAGACUGUGGCGUCGAUGAUCUACACCAACCAGCUCGAGAUGAUCAUUGAUGAAGGAACAUCUUACCUGGACUGCUUUCGCGGGGUCGACCGCCGCCGCACCGAAAUCGCCUGCAUGGUUUUCAUGGCACAGCCCUUUUGUGGCUCCGUGCUUGGAGGCACGCCUACAUACUUCUUCGUCCAGGCUGGUCUUCCCGAGUCCAUCUCGUUCCGCAUGUCAGUCGGCGGGCUCGGUAUCGCAUCAGUGGGCACAGUGGCAUCUUGGCUCCUCCUCGGCGCCUUUGGCCGUCGCACCCUGUAUCUCUGGGGUCUUGGGCUGUUAACAUCCGUUCUCAUGACUGUCGGCUUCAUUAGUGUUGGCGCUGGAGACUCUUCGGGUGGCAACUACGCCCAGGCAGCCAUGAUGCUGUUGUGGCUCGGCGUCUACUACAUGACCGUGGGGCCUAUCUGCUACGCCAUCAUCUCCGAGGUGUCCUCGACCCGUCUGCGCAAUAAGAGCGUUUGUCUGAGCCGCAUCGCGUACUACAUUGGGCAGAUCGUCUGCAACGUGAUCAAUCCGUACAUGCUGAACCCAACGGCCGGCGAUUGGAAGGGGAAGACGGCGUUCUUCUGGGGCGGGUGUGCUUUUGCCUUCUUCGUAUGGACCUUCUUCCGACUACCGGAGACGAAGGACAAGACGUUUGCGGAACUGGAUAUCCUCUUUGAGAAGAAGAUUGGGGCGCGGGAGUUUUCCGGGUACAAGGUGGAUGCGUAUGCUCAAGGUGGAGAGCCUUUGGUGAAGAAGGGAUGA